CCACGUCACCUCUUCCCUUCCGUAACAACUCUGUUACGAAUCGAGAGUAAAGAGAGAUGGCGUCACCGCUAUCGGUCCAACCGGACCGGACCAUCAUCGGCAAUCGUAUGUCCGGUUCAUUCCGGCGCAGGUCACUCUUCCACGCAACCAAUAAGAUCAAGAAACUCGGCGUCGUAUUCAUCUCCCGCCGACGAACCUUAGACACGACCGUCCAAGCCAGCUCGAGAGCAGAAGACCCGGCUCCUUCGAAGAUAUUCUCCGUGCAAAGAAAUCGAUUGUUGCUGGGAGUAAAGGUGACCCAGAAACCAUUAUCAAGUUACCUUGUGUUGGAAAAGUUCGCAUUUUUAUUCCUGCUGCGAUCUUCUUUGUUUGCUUCCAUUCAUCAUAGCAGAAGCUUCCAGGUGGAAGCUGCAUAUGAUAUGCUGCUGAUGCAGAGCUUGUCGCAGAGGAGAGCUGGAAAAGUUGUUGACAAAUCUAUUCGUUAUGCAGAUGUUAAAAAAUCUGUAAAUGCCUCAAGAAUGAAAUCAAUUCCUAAGUGGUUGCAGAAUGCUGUCAGGAACUCAACCGUUUCAUUUGAAACACCAUCUACCAGCGAGCUGGCUGUCCAAGCCGGGGUUUAUGGAGCCCUGUCAGUUCUAACAUACGCAAAUGGAGCCUCAUCUUCAUCUGAUGCAGCUUUUCCAGGAGGACCAGAUAUCCCUGGCCUGAUUUUGGCCACCAGUUUUGGAGCAACCUUGUAUUUCAUCACCAAGAAAAAUGUUACCUUGGGCAAAGCAAGUCUGGUAACAAUUGGUGGGCUGGUGGCAGGGGCAAUGGUGGGUUCUGCAGUUGAGAGUUGGUUGCAAGUAGAUAUUGUCCCAUUUCUUGGCAUACACAACCCUGCUACUCUCGUGGCCGAAUUCAUUCUUCUUUCACAAUUUUUGGUUUCUUUGUAUAUAAAAUAAUAAGUGGGUGGGGGAAACACACCAUUCCCCUGCUCAUUUGCAGCAAGUGUGAUUUUCCACUUAUGCAUAGAAGAGGAUUAGUUGUGUAUUUGCUUAAAAUGUAUAGCUCUGUUUGGUUGUAUUACUGCAAAGUGCAAAUGGCAACAACCAUCUUUCUACUAAUGCUGAUCUAGAGAAAGGUCAUGUAAUCACGCUCACAGAAAUUACAAGCUUGGC